ACAGAGCGCCCACCAAAACAUCCCACGGAGAGAGAUCCAGGAAAACAAAACAGAAAAAAAACACAGAUAAUUAAGAAUGGGAAGAUGGCACCGAAAGCCAGAUCGAGAGAGGCGAUCAUAGCCAGCUUAACGAAGUAUUUUAAACACGAUUCCUUCAAGAGUGACUUGCAGAGACGAGCAGUUGAGGCUGUUGUGCAGGGACACCAUGACGUGUUUGUCUCGAUGCCAACGGGUUCUGGCAAGUCCCUCUGCUACCAGCUGCCGGCCGUUAUGUCUGAGGGACAAGUGGCCAUCGUGGUUUCCCCUCUUAUUGCUUUGAUUAAGCACUUUCAGAAACUAAAGAUUUUGCAGAAUCCACCCAACUCCAAAAUGACAAGAAAAAGAGCGCAAGAGAGGCUUGCUGAUCUCUUUGCACCCCCCAAAACCCACUGCCUUUUGUACAUUACGCCAGAACAGGCUGCAACAGAUUUUUUUAAGGGUCUCUUAGAUAGGCUGUACAAGUACAAAAAACUCUCAUAUUUCGUGGUGGAUGAGGCCCAUUGUGUGAGUCAGUGGGGACACGAUUUCAGACCAGACUUCCUUCGCCUGGGGCACCUGAGGGCCAAGAUUCCCAAUAUUCCUUGGGUGGCGCUGACUGCUACAGCCACAGCUAAAGUUGUAGAGGACAUCUUCAUCCAACUGAAGCUCAAGAAACCAGUAUCCAAGUUCAAAUCUUCAUGCUUUCGCUCCAACUUGUUUUACGAUGUGCGGUUCAAAGAUGCCCUUGACGACCCAUUCGAGGAUCUCAAGGAUUUUGUCAUCGACUCCUUGGGGGUUGGUUGGGAGCAAAAUAGGACGAUACGAUCAGGCUGCGGCAUUAUCUAUUGCCGCACAAGAGCAGGUACCAUUGAGCUUGCAGACCAGCUAACCAAAAAAGGUGUCCCUAAGAAGGCCUAUCAUGCAGGUCUGAAAGACAGAGAGAGGUCACAAGUGCAAGAAGACUGGAUGACGUGGAUUGUGCCUGUCAUCACAGGCGACGUCUCCUUUGGCAUGGGGGGUAGACAAGGCUCUGUGAGGUUUGUUGUCCACUGGAGUGUGCCGCAGUCCAUGGCUGGCUACUACCAGGAGUCUGGACGAGCUGGUCGUGAUGGACUACCCUCGCGGUGCAGAAUAUAUUAUAGCAAGUCAGAGAGAGACACUAUCUUUUUCUUGCUGAGACAGGAUGAGGGAAAAGCCAAGGCCUCAGGCAAGACAAACAAAGAGGACCAGGCCAAAAUUGCCAUCAAGAAUUAUGAGUAUAUGGUCAAGUUCUGUGAGGUCCCGAUCUGCAGACACCAUUCCUUUGCCAAGUUUUUCGGUGACGAUAAACCUGAUUGCAAGAAGAGGUGUGAUUACUGCACCAAUCCACGUGCUGUCGAUAAGCUGGUAGAGCAAUGGAGCGCCUCCCUCAUUCGCAAGUCAAAUUAUCGUUUUGGGGCAGUGGCGGUCUUCGAGGAUAGCUACGAUGAGGACUUGUAUGGCGGAGGGAGAAGGGGGAUGAAAAGAGAACAAGAUGAUUACAAUGGGGACUGUGAUGGUGAGGACCGAGUAAGAGAGACACAGCAAAUUGAGAAAAAGGAGAGAACUACCCUCAUAAAGCAGCAGUUCGCCCUCCGUCGCAAUGGUGGCCAGCGGGGUGGCUCCUCGGGCUCUUCCUCAUCCUAUGCAAGUCGGUUGAAGGAGCAGAAAGAGAAGGAGAAAAUGGAGAAGGAGGAGAAGGAGAGGGCCAACAGAUCCAAGCUGACUAAUGCCGAAUACACAUCCAAGAUUUCAGGGCUGAAUGUGGGAACCCGUGAGAGCUACCUCCAGCUGGUGGUGCAGGCCCUGGUCAAGAACUAUGAAGCUUGCAAGCAUCUGUCGCCAGUGGAGAAGACCCUCAAGGAGUCAGACAUAGAAGAUGUCGCUGUCAAGCUGGAGUACAGCAUCUUCACCUCCACAAAUGUCAUCAUGAUGUACCGGAAGGGUAUGAUGUCACUGAUGAUGGGUAUCAGAAAAGACACAACAGCACUUAACUUUCGAAAUGAGCUUGCGGAUCACGAGCCUAAGCUGAGUCUCAACCAGUGGGCCAAGCAAGUGGAAAAAGAGUUGAAGAACAAGAAUCAAGUUGGCUCUGGCUUCAAGAGCGCCUCGCAACUCAUGGACGACAAUGCCAAAGAGAGCAGUAAGUUGGCCAACAAGGAACCUCCAAAUCUGAGCACAAGAAGAGGAUUUUCCCUGAAGAGGUCACCCAAUCAUCAGACAUCUAUAAAUUCAUUCUUUGAGAAGGCGCCCAAGCAAGAGGGGGAUUCGAAGAAAAAGGACCACCAGCUGUCGGAAAGUGAGUCAGAGGGAGACGGUGAUAACAGGGAGCGAAAUCCUAAACUGGACAAGGAGGAGGUGGAAGAGAACAAGGAAGGAGAGCAAGGGGAUAAUGCCAAAAGCAGUCUCCAGAGCCAUAAGGAGAGAGAUUUAGACAGUGACUGUGACAGCAGAUAUGAUCCUGACGAGAAUCAGGAGUUUGGGUUGGAGGAAGUGUCCCUCUCAGACCUUGAGUAUGAUGAUGAGGCUGAUGACAGUGAUGUUCAAAAAAUUGCUGAUAACAGAGACAAAGAAAGUGAGAAAAGGGAAAAGAAAGAUGAUAUUAGUUAUGCUUUUCCAGAAUCUGAAGGUUUUACAUAUGAUAAGGGAGAUGAGGUCAGUAUAAUUGGGGAGGAGGAAAUAGGUGAAGAUUCCAAUCAAGACAUUGACAUGCAGGAUGUGGACAGCUGUGAUGAGAGGAAAUGUGCAGAUGAUAUGCUUAAAAGAGAUAAAGAUAAAAAUUUGUUAGGAAGCUCAGUUUCAGGAGGAAAGGAAAAUGUGAAUUCUGCAGAACAUGACACAACCUCUAGGAAUUCCCCUGUGAAGGAUGAAGAGUCAUACAUGGAAUACUCUCACAACAAAAAUUCUUACUUGCACAACAAGCGCAGUCAUUCACCAAGUAACCGUGAUACCUCCAGAGGCCAGAAACGAACAGUGGAAGAGGACAGGGUAAGUGGGAAGAUAUCGACAAGGAAAAGAACCAAGCUAACAGAAAUUGACCUGUUUGGGAACACAGACUCCCAGCAAUCAGACUCAGAGCCAGAAAGUGGAGGCCAUAGCAGCACAAAAGAGAAUCGUCAUCAGUCUGAAAAAGACUCCAAGCACAAAGAAGAUGGCUCUAAGUCCUGCAGCAGCAAGCAUUCACACAAAGAUGACACCAGCUCCUCCAAAGGACGAAGCAGAAAAGAGACAUCGAAGGGGGAAAAGAAGCUGAAGGUGAUUGAUCUCUUUGGGGAAGCUGCCAGAGAUUGCGAAUCAGAAGAACAGCAGAAUGAAAGAAGAGCUGUUGAUAGAAAGAGAGAUAAUCGAAGAACAGAGGAUAAGAGUAAGAGAAAGGAGGAGACACACAAAAAGAGCAGUAGAAGUAAGGAAAGUGAGGACAGACACAGUAAGGAUGAGAGGAGUGAUAAAAGUCAACACACAAAGACUGAUGAUAGAAGAAAGUCAGAGAGAGACAUAAAGGAAACAGAAAAGCACAAUGAGAAAAAACAAAAUUUUACUUUCAAAAGUUUUAAAACAGACAACAGAUAUGAUUCAGUAAGCAGGGCAAAACUUCCAGAGACAACUUACAGGAAAAUGAAUGACUUUGAAGAGCAAAUAAGCAGAGAGAAGGAGAAACAAGAAUAUAACAGAAAGGAUCAUAAACCAAGAGAUGCAGCUGAUGAAAGUAGUUUUAGGAAAAUAGGUGAUAGUAAAGGAAAGAGACAGAAUGAAAAUAUGUGCAGUCCUAGAAGAGACAGGAAAACAGGUGAAAGAAGGGAAAGACAGACUAGCGAAAGCAAGGAGGUAAAAGCAAGUGAAGGGAAGGAGAGGAGGGCAAGUGAAGGGAAGGAGAGGAGGGGAAGUGAUGGGAGGGAGAGGAGGGGAAGUGAUGGGAGGGAGAAAAGAACAAUUGAAAGUAAAGAGAGAACACCAAGUGAGACCAGAGAGAGGAAGGACAGUACUAGUUCUUGUCAGACUUCGGAACCCCCAGAAAUAGCUGCUAAGUGGAGAACGAGUGCAGACACUCAUAAGAUGGACUUGUGCCUUGUAGAAAAAUCAAAACCUAAGCCGAUGCCAGCCCCUGUGUCCAAGGACCCGCCAGUGAACAAAAAGCUGAUAGCAGACUGGGUUGUAAAACACCUGAUGCCACACUACAAGAAGGAAAGCAUCAAGGGAAAGGAGGUCUUCAAGGCUCUAGCCAGACAGUUGUCACAUCACAUCUCCAACCAGGGUGUCAUUCAAGAAGAUGAUGAGGUGAAACAGUACAUCAAUGGCUUCUUCACAAGAGUGAAAAAAGUUUCCUGUGAAGCUGAUAUUGUCCUUGACUAGUAAUAGUGUCCUUGAAUGUAGACCUUCUCCUACCAAGUGCUGCCAGUUGUCAAACACUGUUGUAGUUUGUGCAAAUGAAGGGAGAGGUUACUUUUAAACAGUAAGCAUUACAGAAAAGUGGAGUGACUUUAAGCAUUGUUUUACAGCCUGACACACUUAGAGAAUGAUGAAAAUAGUCAACGUUAUUAGAAGAGUACAGAAGUUAUGCAUACAGGAGUUUCAUAUUGUGUACAGUACCUGGCUCAGAAACAGGAGCCUUAUAUACCUAUACAGUUUAAAGAAUAUGGGAUUUCUGAGGUACAUAGCUAUAUAUUGUUCUUAACAAGAGUGUUCUAUGGUUGUUUGCGUAUUGCUUCCUUUUACACCAGAUACUCGCAUAUAAAGAAACAAAAGAAACAAGUUUGAUACCUGUAACACUUUAAUAAAUAAUAUUCUGUCUGAAUAAUAAAUAAUAUUCUGUCUGAA